CAGUGCUGAGCUGAGUCGGGCAGCAGGAGGAGCCGACACCGAGAGAAAAGACCGAUUCAAAGAAGGAGAUGGACGCUGCCUAAAUGCACAGAUUUCGGCUUUGAAUUGUGCCAGACGCAAUGGUCGGACGGUUUAUUUGAAGCAUGUGGUUUUAUUUUCGAGGGAAAGGGUGUUGACUACGGACACGGCGGCCAAAAAAAGAGGAAAAAAACCGGGAGGACUCGGCAAGAGGGAAGGAGCCAGGCUUGCAGUGUUAUUGGAGAAAUUGACCCUGCGCUGGCACUCUCCUCCGCGUUAAUGUAAUGGAAACGGGCUCGGGUCAUCCCCGUUAGCGUCUGAAAUGCAUCAGAGGAAAUAUAUCAGCAACUCCCACGGCUAAUUGUAUCAAGCAGUGGUUUAAGUUUGCCAGUGGAUGCACUCAGGAGGCGGGUGCCCUGCCAUGCCCAGCGCCAUGCUAAAGCAACACGCUCGCAAUAACAAGGAGCACUCAGUACAACCAAUGAGAAGGCUGUGGAAAAAGUUGGUGGAAAAUCUAUGGUUUAAGCCUCAGUUUUGAUUUCCUUUUUUUAUUUUGACCUAGAUAUUCUGCAACGCACCACAGCUCGGCUGCUUCGCUUGCCAUUUCUGCAGCUCUGCCUCUCUCUCCUCUUUCACACAAGGCCUAAGUUGCACUCCGGCGUCUUAACAUAAAUACCAAGGACAGCUAAACUGCAACCAGCUUUUCUGAAAGGCACGUUUGUAGCCAGCAUAAUGGAUGUUCGAAUUUACAGCCGGCCUUUGUUGGAGUUGAAAAUGCGAGGGGUGGAAUGAGGGGACCCCUAUGAGGAGGGAUAGCUGGAACAGCAGCACUAGAUCAAAAUGGCCCAAACCAGUUUGCUGCAGGGGAAGCGCUUUUACUGCAGGGAGUGGGUCUUCCACAAGAUCCAGCAUUGCCUCCAGGAGAAAACCAACGGCCUGAGCGGGGUGACCAGCACUCCCAGCAAACAGCCCCCGUUGGCGCCCGGCGGGGGUGCCACCAACCCCGGCGGCUCCACAGCGGGGUCCGCGAAGGCCGGGAACGCCUGGGGGGUGCUGCUGGUGGGCGGGCCGGGGAGCGGGAAGACGGCCUUGUGCACGGAGCUCCUGUGGCCCACCUCGUCCCAGGGCACCCACCGCGGGCUGCACCAGCAGAGCCUGGCCUUCCACUUCUGCCGGGCGGAUGACUCGGACACGCUGUGCGUCGGCGGCUUCAUCCGCGGCCUGGUGGCUCAGAUCUGCCGCAGCGGGCUGGUGCCGGGGUUCGAGGAGAAGGUCCGAGACCCGGCGGUGCAGAGCACUCUGCAGCCUGGAGAGUGCGAGAGGAACCCGACAGAGGCUUUCAAGAGGUGCGUCCUCCUGCCUCUCCUCAGUGUGAAGCCUCCUCAGCAGGCUCUCUUCCUGCUGGUCGACUCCAUCGACGAGGGCUGUCAGCUGGGCGAGGGGGAGCAGCGCUCGUCGCCCAGCUCCCACCGGACCAUCGCCGAGCUCCUGGCCAGCCACCACGAGUUCCUGCCGCCCUGGCUGCUGCUCAUCUGCUCGGCACGCCGGCAGAACAAGGCCAUCACCAAACUGUUCACAGGAUUCCGCAAAAUCAGCCUUGAUGAUCUUCGCAAGGCUUACAUUGUCAAGGACGUCCAGCAGUACAUCCUCCACAGGCUGGACCAGGAGGAGGCCCUGAGGCAGCAUCUGACCAAGGAGACCGCUGAGAUGCUCAACCAGCUCCACAUCAAAAGCAGCGGCUGCUUCCUCUACCUGGAGCGUGUGCUGGACGGCGUGGUGGAGAGCUUCAUCAUGCUUCGCGAGAUCCGUGACAUCCCCGGCACACUCAAUGGCCUCUACCUGUGGCUCUGCCAGAGACUGUUUGUCAGGAAACAGUUUGCCAAAGUCCAGCCAAUCCUCAAUGUGAUCCUGGCAACUUGCAGGCCACUCACAGUCAAGGAACUGUACCAUGCAGUCUGGACCAAAAACAUGACGCUGACCAUGGAGGAGUUUCAGAAAAAGAUGGACAUUCUCUCAAAGUUGUUGGUUGAUGGCCUUGGAACUACUAAAAUCCUUUUUCACUACAGUUUUGCAGAGUGGCUACUGGAUGUUAAGCAUUGCACCCAGAAAUAUUUAUGCAAUGCAGCAGAGGGCCAUAGGAUGCUGGCAAUGAGUUACACAUGCCGGGCCAAGCAGCUCAAACCACUUGAAGUGCAGGAAUUUGCCUUGCACCUUGUCAAUUCCAAUCUGCAGAUCGAGCCAUUUAAUCUGGCUCUUUGGAUGGUUUGGAAUGGUACUCCCGCUAAAGACUCUCUAACCACUUCCAUACCAAAAGAACAGGAGGUGCUACAACUUCUGGUCAAAGCUGGAGCUCACGUAAAUAAUGAGGAUGAUCAUGCUUCAUGUAUUGUACAACAGGCUCUAGAAAGAGAGGACUCAAUACGAACAUUACUCGACAAUGGGGCCUCCGUGAACCAGUGUGACUCCAGUGGGAGAACUUUGCUUGCCAACGCUGCAUACAGUGGAAACCUUGAUGUGGUGAACCUGCUCAUAUCUAGAAGGGCAAACAUGGAACUAGAAGACAACCAUGGACAAACAGCACUUACUCUGGCAGCACGGCAGGGCCACACCAAAGUGGUCAACUGCCUUAUCGGCUGUGAGGCCAACAUAAACCACACAGAUCAUGAUGGAUGGACCGCCCUUCGUUCAGCAGCCUGGGGUGGACAUUCAGAGGUGGUGUCUGCACUGCUCUACGCUGGUGCCAAAGUCGACUGUGCUGACGCUGACAGUAGAACUGCUUUGAGAGCUGCCGCUUGGGGAGGUCAUGAAGACAUUGUGUUGAACCUCCUUCAGCAUGGGGCUGAGGUAAACAAGGCAGACAAUGAAGGACGAACAGCUCUCAUUGCUGCAGCGUACAUGGGACACAGAGAGAUUGUCGAGCACCUCUUAGACCACGGGGCCGAGGUUAAUCAUGAAGACGUGGAUGGGAGGACUGCCCUUUCGGUUGCUGCUCUCUGUGUUCCUGCGAGCAAAGGCCAUGCCUCUGUUGUAAGCCUUUUGAUCGACAGGGGAGCAGAGGUUGACCACUGUGACAAAGACUGCAUGACCCCUCUCCUUGUGGCUGGCUAUGAAGGACAUGUAGAUGUAGUUGAUCUACUUUUAGAAGGUGGAGCAGAUGUGGAUCACACAGACAACAAUGGCCGCACCCCUCUUCUUGCUGCUGCAUCAAUGGGCCACGCCUCUGUUGUCAACACACUGCUUUUCUGGGGGGCUGCUGUCGAUAGUAUCGAUAGUGAGGGAAGGACUGUCCUGAGCAUUGCGUCUGCUCAGGGGAAUGUAGAGGUGGUCCGAACUCUGCUGGACAGAGGUCUGGAUGAGAAUCACAGGGACGAUGCUGGCUGGACGCCGCUACACAUGGCUUCAUUUGAGGGCCAUCGCCAAGUGUGUGAUGCCCUUAUUGAACAAGGCGCUCGUUGUACAGAGGUGGACAAUGAUGGUAGAAUACCCCUGAUAUUAGCUGCACAAGAGGGACAUUAUGACUGCGUACAAAUUCUUCUGGAAAACAAAUCAUGCAUUGACCAGAGGGGAUAUGAUGGGAGGAAUGCUCUCAGGGUGGCUGCACUGGAAGGCCACAGGGACAUUGUUGAACUGCUUCUGAGCCAUGGUGCUGACAUAGAUUACAAAGACGCUGAUGGACGCCCAACACUCUACAUAUUGGCACUUGAGAAUCAGCUGGCUAUGGCAGAGUAUUUUCUUGAGAAUGGUGCAAAUGUGGAAGCUAGUGACACAGAGGGUAGAACAGCCCUCCACGUGUCUUGCUGGCAAGGGCAUGUAGAAAUGGUAAGACUGCUGAUAAACUAUCAUGCUGAUGUGAACUCCUGUGACAACGAGAAGCGCUCUGCCCUCCAGUCUGCUGCUUGGCAAGGCCACACAAAAGUUGUGCAGUUUUUGAUAGACAAUGGCACACAUGUGGAUCAUACAUGUAACCAGGGAGCAACAGCACUGGGCAUAGCCGCUCAGGAGGGCCACAUUGAUGUCGUGCAGAUACUUCUUGAGCAUUGCGCUGACCCCAACCAUGCUGACCAGUUUGGGCGCACUGCAAUGAGAGUGGCAGCAAAAGGUGGCCAUUCAAUGAUCAUAAAACUCCUGGAGAAGUAUGGGGCCACAACUUUAAAUGGCUGUAACCCCUCCCCAGUACACACUAUGGAGGAGAAAACACCAUUGUCUGUAACUGGGAAAAUGCAGUCCCUCACUAUCAAAUCAAGUAGCUCUGGAAGUACUGGAGCUGGGGAUAUGCAGUCUUCUGGACGAGGUCUACCCAACGGACCUGUCCAUGCUUUCAGUUCUCCUUCAGAAUCUCCUGAUUCCACUGUAGAUAGACAGAAAUCCUCUUUAUCAAAUAACUCCCUCAAGAGCUCAAAGAACUCCUCUUUGAGAACCACCUCAUCCACAGCCACGGCACAGACGGUGCCGAUAGACAGUUUCCAUGGACUGACAUUCACAGAACAAAUCCAGCAGCACUCUCUGCCUCGCAGUCGGAGUCGACAGUCUAUCGUGUCCCCUUCCUCUACCACUAAGUCCACUGGUCAGCAGCCGUCAUCUCCAUCCAAUGAUUUUGACUGGACUCAGUUAAAACCUGGUCUCAAAUCAACAAAGGGAAGUAAGACUGGAAGUGGGACAUCAAAUGGUAAAGGGGCACUAGGAGACAAGAAAAAACUCAAGAACAGCGGGUCAACCCAAGGUCAGGUUCUGGAGUAUGAGAUGACCCAGUUUGACAAGAGGAUUGCCUUCAACAAAGCAGUACCCAACAUUGCAGUGAAGGAUCCCCACUGUAAGAUCAUGAUCGGUGGUUCGAUCCAGCAGGACGGGGGUCAGGGCCAAGACCAGUUCUUUAUCCAACAGCAGGGCUGUUCUGAGAAGAAAAGAAAUGGAAUCAUGACCAACCCCAACUACCACCUACAGGGCAAUCAGGUUUUCCUGGGGAGGGUAUCAGUUCCUCGGACUGUGCAGAACAGAGGCCACCAGGAUGUUCUAGAGAACUAUCCCAUAGGGGAAACCGAACUAAGCCUUAAACAAGCGCUGAAACUGCAGAUUGAAGGAUCAGACCCCGGGUUUAACUACAAAAAGGAGACUCCAUUAUAGCUGAUGUGCUGAAUGCCAUUCGUCAUGCAGACAUUGGAGGGAAUGUGCCAAAGCAACUAUUUUCAUCUGCAUUAAAAAAUGAUUUUAUGUUGUUUUUUUUUUUUCCUUUUUUUUUUGCCACUCAUCAGUGGGAAACCUCAAAAGAUACCUAGGGAAGAUUGUUGAAUGCUGCCUAAGGCUUAUGUGAACUGAUACUUCGAUGUGCCUACAUCUGUUACAGCCUUCUUCAUGUAUUCAUGCACACUAUCAUUUUAAUUUAAUGUAUUGCUAUUUAAUAAACAGUGUAUGCACUUUCAGAAAAGUAAAAUUGACAGACAUGCAUUUGUUCCAUUUGCCUCUACCCCCAUCCGUGUUUUAUCCAACUAAUUGUUAAAAAGAAACGUACCAAUGCUUUUUUAUUAUUUUUUAUUACAUAUGUUGUUUGUUUUGUCUGCAGUUUUUAUUUUCCUCACACUGACAGCAAUGUACCGCUGAGUACAUUGUCGCAUCAAACCAGAGGACAUAAAAGUAAUUGAUGCCAUGGUAUGAAUUUAAGAGCAUUGAUACCCUGCCUUUCUAGAGACCCCAAAUAAUCUGUGUUAACCUUGAUCAGUGUGCUAAACCUAUGUUGUGUGUAAUAUGUUAAUAGCUAUGGCAAUUUACUUCAAGUAUAUACAAGCAUAUUUAUUUUUGGAAAAAAGCCACUUUUGCUACAUUUUGUGUUGUACGCUCUACCAUGGUGCUGUGUUCAGAAGUUGCCUGCAGUUAUUUUGAACUCCCAAUUUUGUUGGCUUUGUGCGUUAUGUAUUAUUACAGAUAUACAAGGGAGGGGACACGUUCACUGAAAAUGUAAAAAAAAAAAAAAAAGACCUGCGAUUUCAUUUUGUCCCUAUGGGAUUUUUUCAGUUGUUUGUGUGUUAUAUUUUUGUGCGUGCAUUUAAGAUAUUUAAAUAACCCAUUGUGUACCGUCAGCAAGAGUUUGGUGCUAAAUGCAAUGAUUUCAAGUGAAAGCAAUGAUUUUAAAAAAAGCAUUUGUCCGCAAAGUUACAUGUAUAACCUACUCCUACUGCAAUGCAAGAAACAAAAUUCAAGCUUUGUUUCCCUUAUUAUUGUCGUGGUUAAUAUGUUUCAGUAAUUCCUGCUGGUGUUUCAGGGGCAUGAUAGAAAACAGCUCAAAGGAGUGCAGCCAUUAGGACAACUUGUAGGUUUCAAUUUAAAAAAAAAAAAAAAAAAUACGGUGUGAAAGCAUUGUUUGAAAUGCGUAGUUGUGAAGCCAAAGUUGAAACAACAUGCUUUUU